AUGGGUUUGCAAGAUGCCUUGGCAGAUAUCUUCACGGAAACAUUACCCCCAUUGUCUUUAGACAUAAUAGAUCAGCAUCGCACAGGUCAUGCAGUGGUUCCCAAUAGUACUGACUGUGCCACGUCACAAGGCAAUACUCAAUGUGGUACAAGGCCAACUUCUACCCAGAGCAUGCAGCCAGCACCAAUCACCAUUGAUAACAUGAUGCUGGAACGUGUUCCAUCUUGCAAUCGCUCUUUGACACCUAGUUACAAUGACCUAGCAGAAACUAUAUCUGUAGCCGAAAACAUUAGCCCAGACACUGUCACCAACCAUGUCAAAGAUGGCAUUGCUGGAGUCUCUGUUAGCAUGCCUGCGCUCACAUUUGUGAUGACAGAUGAGGCCUCAAUAGCAGAGCAAUCAAUGACAGCGGGGCUUGUUCCAGGUACUGCCAUCUCGCUUAGCAUAACGGAAGCAGGCCCAGUAGCAUUGUGGCCACUCUGA